AUGGAAUCUGAUCUUCGGCAUGCUUAUCGCGAGCCGGAGGUCUAUGCCGGCGACAUGCCACACGCGUCGUACAGCAUGAUGACGUCGGGUGGUAUGCAGUGCGACGACGGGCUCCAAGGUAUGAGCUACAUACAGGGUGACGCUGGCUAUAUGUCGAAGCAACUAGACUGGACAACUGGCACAGCCUGUCCGGACGAAGCGAGCGAGACGUACUGGAUGCAGACACCAAUGAUGCAUCAGGUCUAUGCCGGCGACGUGACCCAUGCAUCGUACGGCAUGAUGACGCAGGGCUCCGGCCUUUGUGAGGAUGGCAUGUACGGCAUCGCGUUUGCGCAGGGCAACGCUGGCUAUAUGUCGAAGCAGCUAGACUGGACAACUGGAACAGCCUGUCCGGACGAAGCGAGCGAGACGUACUGGAUGCAGACACCAAUGAUGCAUCAGGUGCCAAUCAGAGACACCUUCGUCAGGUCACCGCCCCGGCUGGAGCACCCAGAGGCAAUGUCCUCGGAAAUGCAGCAAAUUCGAGAGAAUCUGCAGAAGCUCCGGCGUCUACAGGAGCGAGACGAGAAGGCCUUGUUUGGUGGCAGGAGAGACAGCAAAGGAAGGUUUGAAUGGCCGGACGGCACUGUCUACGAUGGUGAGUGGCGCUCCGAUACUGUCGAAGGCGAAGGUGCCUUUAAGCGGAAGGUGCAGGCAGGGCUCCGCCUGUGUAGCCUCUAG